AUGGUACCAAUUUUAAAUUUGCCACUUUAUGGUUUACUCAAGGAAUUACCGAAUGAUCAUGAAGAUUUACCUUCUUGUUAUCAUAAUCUAGGUAUGAUGGAAAAUCACCGUGGAAAUUAUACGGAAAGUUUGCAAUGGUUGAACAAAGCUCUUCAAAUGUAUACCCAAACGUUGAAAUCGGAUGAUCCAAUCAUUGCGCGCACUUAUAACAGCAUCGGGGAAGUGCAAUUACGAACAGGAGAUAAGAGUAGUGCAUUGGAAUCGUUUACAAAGGCGUUAAACAUCCGUAAAAAAGCUUUCGGCGAAGAUCAUUUACUCGUUGCUAUGUGUUAUCAUAAUAUUGGAAAUAUUUAUCAAGAAGAACGGAAAUUCCAACAGGCGUUUGAAUAUCAUCAAAAAUCUUUUCUCAUCCGACAAAAACAUCUUCCGAAUGUUCAUCCAGAUCUAGGAGCAAGUCUUCACUGUCUUGCCGGAAUUUAUCUAUGUAUGAAUUACCCCGAUCAAGCAUUGGAUUAUUAUAACAAAGCAUUGAAAAUCUAUCAAAAGACAUUACCGAGUACACAUUCGGAUUUAGCUAUGCUAUAUUAUAAUCUUGGUCUUCUUUAUAAUGGGAAAAACAACUUUCAAUUAGCGUUGACGAAUUUUCAAAAAGCGGCAGAGAUUUUCAAGGCAACUCUAUCUGCAACUCAUCCGUUUAUAGCUGCAGUCCAACAGCAAAUUCAACAAAUUUCAAAUAGACUAAGAUAA